GAAGCAUUGACCUUUCCUUCAUCAGGCCAAAGAUGCCUCUCUUUGGGAGGACAUUCAGUCCGAAGAAGACACCCCCUCGGAAGUCUGCGUCUCUCUCCAACCUGCAUAAUUUGGAUCGGUCGACCCGGGAGGUGGAGCUGGGCCUUGACUAUGGAACGCCCACCAUGAACCUGGCCGGGCAGAGCCUGAAGUUUGAAAACGGCCAGUGGAUAGCAGAGACAGGGGUUAGUGGAGGUGUGGACCGGAGGGAGGCCCAGCGCCUCCGGAGGCGGAACCAGCAGCUGGAGGAAGAGAACAAUCUCUUGCGGCUGAAGGUGGACAUCCUGCUGGACAUGCUCUCUGAGACCACUGCCGAAUCCCACUUAAUGGAGAAGGAGCUGGAUGAACUGAAGAGUGUCAGCCGGCGGAGAAAAUGAAGACCCCAAAGCCACCCGUUAGGCGCACAGGGGGAAACC